AUGGAGACGAAAAAGAGCGAUAUUGAGGUGGGGAAAAGAAUUGGCGGAGGCCGCUUCAGCGACGUCUACAUGUGCAGGACGUUAGGUCGUAUGAACCCUUCCUCUUCCGAGUACGCUCUCAAAAUUACCGAACCAGAGGAUGAACUGCCUCCACACAAUGUAAAAAACGAGUUGAGGCUGCUACGAAAACUGGCGGAUGCCCAAGAUAGGGAGGAUAAGGAGAACGAUACCAGUUUAGGUAAAAAUGUUGUGCGCAUGAUUGCGUUUUAUCAAAGUCCCAUAGAAAUCGGGUUGGUAUUCCCUUUUUACAAAAGUGAUUUGAACGGCGUGAUAGCAAAUAAUACCAAAGUGCGGUCUGCCUUCAACUUACAGGAUGGUACGAUCACGAGAAAGAGGGAAAACAACUUCAGCUCGUCUCAGAUCAUCCAGAUCUUCAAAGGGCUGCUACGAGGGCUUGCGUUUAUUCAUAGUCAGGGCGUCAUUCAUAGAGAUAUCAAUCCGAAUAAUAUAAUGUUCGAGUCGCCUCACGAGCUCGAACCUGUGAUUAUUGACUUUGGUAUCAGCUACAUGGACCCAGACAACAAUGGUUUGGAAAAACCAGACUCUAAAAUCACAGAUAUAGCAACCGGCUAUUACAAAGCGCCAGAGCUGUUACUUUCAGUCAAAAACUAUAGUAACAAAGUCGAUAUAUGGUCCGUGGGCGUGAUUUUGAUGCUCAUUUCAAGCAAAGAUUUCACCACACCAUACUCACAAGACUCUGCACACAGUGACCUAGCUUUACUCGCAUCCAUAUUUAACACUUUCGGGUCGCCACCCGAUGAUUGGCAGGAAGUCAAAACUUCUCGAUCGUACAGCGCCAUGAACACUGCUUUCUUUCGCAAAAUCCGCAAAUCCUCGGAUGACUUGUUGUUCAAACUAAAGGAUCUUCCCCAAUGCGUGCAAACUUUCAACGAAAUGAUGGUCUACGAGAGCUCUUGCAGACUGUCAGCCAGCGAGGCAUUGAAGAGAAUCGACUCUGAUCGACUGCAGAACCAAUAG